AUGAUGAUGGUGAGCGACGACUGUCUGGUGGAGUGUAAGAUCGACGAUGACAGUGAUGAGGACAAUGGAGGAGAAGAACAGAUAAACACUCCUCCUCCUCCUCCGGAGUUUGCAUCCAAAGCCCCGACUCCGGCGCCCAAGCCUCCGACCCCUCCCACAGCCCCUGCUACGCCCACACCCACCUGUCCUGUUAACAGGGACCCUUAUGGUAUCAACCAGCACCUAAAGGUGGAGGUUAGCGACGUGCUGGCGGAGCCCGCCACACCUCGUAGCAUAGACCAGGUGUGGCUUUACAGUGUCGUUGGCUUCGAGAGGGCUCGUAUUUGGACGUACCGCUGCCUUUCCUUGCUGUUCGCCGUGCCCUUCGCUUUCCUUUGUGGUAUUUUCUUGGCCGUGCUCGCCUGUCUGCACGUCUGGUUUGUUGUGCCUUGCAUACAGCUGAGCAACACCUUCCUUCCAUGCCUGCGGUCCUUGUGCUUGUGUGCUGUGAAUGUUUUCAUCGCUCCCUUCUGUACGUCUCUCGCUCUCUGCUGCAGUCAAAUUGCCAUUUCACUGUCAAACAAGGACUGGCAUCCAAUGAGAGACAAAGAGGCUGUAUGA